ACUCACUUCGCCGUCUCUGCAAAAAUCUCUGUCUCUCUCUCUCUCGCCGGAGAUAUGGGAGAAGGGAAAGGCUCGACUCUCGUUUUCGUCCUCGUCGUCGCACUCUGUUUAAUCUCCUUCGGUUUCUCCAUCGCCGCCGAGCGCCGCCGGAGCAUCGGAAAAAAUAUCCAAGACCCAAUAACAAACGCAACGUACUGCGUUUAUAGCUCAGAUGUAGCAACUGGUUAUGGAGUUGGAGCUUUCCUUUUCCUCCUCUCGAGUGAAUCAUUGCUCAUGGGUGUCACCAAAUGUAUGUGCUUUGGUAGACCUUUAGCCCCUGGAAGUGACCGUGCUUGGUCUAUCAUCUAUUUCAUUUCUUCCUGGAUGACAUUUCUGGUAGCUGAAGCUUGCUUGAUCGCAGGAGCGACGAAGAACGCAUACCACACUAAAUACUUAAGCGCACAAACCUUCUCGUGUGAGUCAUUGCGCAAAGGGAUAUUCAUCGCAGGAGCAGUGUUUGUGGUUGCAACUAUGAUCCUCAAUGUCUACUACUACAUUUACUUUACCAAGUCUGUCUCUUCGCCGCCUGCUCACAAAGUAAACCGCUCUAGUUCAAAUAUCGGUAUGGCGGGCUAUGCAUAAAUGUGCAAAAAAAAAAUGAUGGUUAGUCAUUUGUAGAUGUAAGAAAGAAAAGAGGUUGUUGCAUUGUGACACUACUUGGUUACUACUUACUCUUAUUUGUUUUGCUGGUUAUAUAUAUGUCUACGAAUUUGAUGAAAAAUCCUCAUCCCACAAAUUUCAUU